CGCUGCACGUAAUAAAUAAAGCAAGCUUUUGUCUGUGGACAAGACAACUCUACUUGAUCAGCUAUUUGAAAAGAAAAAAGUUUUUGAGGACUUUUUUUUUCCGGGAGUGUUCAUCAGAGGACAAUCAAAACUUUAAAGGCUCGGGCUCUCUGAUUCAUUGAAAUGGAUGAUAUCCAGGUUGUUGAGUCCAAACCCCUGCUGGUCGACAGGGAAUUGCCGGGCUUGAGAGAGGCUGUACAGCAGCUUAUGAUCAAGGAACAUGAUGUGGAGACUCCCUAUGGAAGAAUCCACUGCACGCUGAAGGGGGUGCCCAAGGGGGACAGACCGGUCAUCCUCACCUUCCAUGACAUUGGAUUGAACUAUAAAACGUGCUGGAAUACGCUCUUCGACCAUGAGGACAUGCAGGAGAUCAUGCACCAUUUCGCUGUGUGUCACGUUGAUGCCCCGGGGCAACAAGAGGGCGCAAACACCUUUUCCACCGGAUAUGAGUACCCCUCUAUGGACCAACUGUCUGAGACCCUUCCGCUGGUGUUAAAACACUUUGGGCUGAAGAGUGUCAUUGGAGUGGGCAUUGGAGCCGGCGCUUACAUUCUGACCAGGUUUGCUCUGGACUACCCAAACAUGGUCGAGGGCCUGUUGCUGAUCAAUAUCAACGCAUGCGCUGAGGGCUGGAUGGACUGGGCCGCACACAAGAUCUCAGGCUGGGCCCAUGCCAUGCCUGACAUGAUCAUCACCCACCUGUUUGGAAAGGAAGAAAUCCACCACAACCAUGACCUGAUCGCAACCUACCGCCACCACAUCAUGAAUGACAUGAACCAGUUCAACCUGCAUCUUUUCGUCAAGUCCUACAACAGCCGGAGAGAUCUGGAUGUUGAGAGGCCGGUCCCUGGAAUCAUCGCCAGAUCACUCAAGUGCCCUUGUCUGUUGGUGGUUGGGGACAACUCUCCUGCUGUUGAGGCUGUGGUUGAGUGCAACACCAAGCUGGACCCGACAAAGGCCACACUGCUUAAGAUGGCUGAUUGCGGAGGCAUGCCCCAGGUUGACCAGCCUGGCAAACUGACAGAAGCUUUCAAGUACUUCAUUCAGGGCAUGGGAUACAUGCCCUCAGCCAGCAUGACCCGGCUAGUCCGCUCCCGCACCGCCUCCGGCUCCAGCGUCGCUUCCUUCGACGGAAGCCGCUCGCGCUCGCACACCAACGAGGGCAGCCGCAGCCGCAGCCACACAACUGACAACCAGCGCGGCCGCUCCCACACAGACACAGCCAUGGACGGCACAGGCAACAGCAAUGUGGACCAAGGCGUGCUCAAGUCCACCGAAGUGUCCUGUUAGGCUAAUCUCCACCCCUCCAGACACCCGUGACCCCCAAAUCCCUUGAGGUCCCUUCCGUUCAUGCUGUGCUGCUUCUAACUGCAGACUGACACAAACACUCACAUGCGCACACACACACACACCUAUUCCCACAUACAUGUGCACACACACCAAUGUGGAGAAGGACAUUCAGUCACAUGGAAACGCACAAUACACACUCACCUGCAGACUUCCUGAGCUAUUCAGUCAGGCUGGGACGCCGCCCAAUUUGAGACCAUGACCUCUUUACAGUCACAGGGUGUAGAUGCAUGGGCAUGUCAAACCGCAUGCCUGCAAACAAAAAACUGAACAGACCAAUUGCUUCCCAACAAUCUGGGUCAGGUGAGUGACAGUUAGGAGCAAUGCAGCAUGGGAAAACCGAAACAGAGAAUGUCAGAGAAAGCUGUGGCUAUGAGUACACCAGCUUGUACAUUUAUCUCUCUUAACCUCUCACAUAUAAAUUGUUUUCAUACCAUCUCUAUAUUUCCCCCAUCUGUUUUGUCUAUUUUUUUAUUACAUUGACACAGCUUUCUCAGUUAUACCUGUAUCUUGACUGUAAAUGACUUUUUUUCUCUUUCUCUCUCUUUUUGUUCUUGCUGUAAUUGUUUGAUUAUUAACUCUUUAUUUUCCAUGUCUGCAGUGUAGUCGUUUGUACCUAAGAGCUGAGUUGUAGAUGUGGAGAGAGCAUAGAGAGGCAUUUGGAUAAACAAAAGUGGCAGUUUUCUUCAUAAAUUGCUAUUUAUCGUUGACAUUAAGGGACAGGCUUCAAGUCUAACAUGUAUGUACAGCAAACAAUAUUGCUCAGUCCUGUUUCAGGAUCCUGCCAAUGUCCAUUAUCCUUGAGUUUUCCUGAACAUUUAUCUGUUCUUUUUUAACAAUGUCCUGGAAGUUAUAAAUCUGUAACUGGCAAAACAUGACUUACAAAAUCCUUUCAGGAAUCAAGUGAUUGUAUACAUUUCAUUUCUAGAACAUUCCAAUGAGAUAUAUUAUGCAUUGUAUCAUUAAUCAAAACAAGCUAAUGAGAAACAUGAAUUGAAAUAGCUUUUGCAUUGUAUGCUUUAUUAACUGAUCAUGGUGUCAGGAGAAAAAAAAAAAGUUUUUUUUUUGCUUUUCAUUUUUUAUGAUGAUGAUUUCUAUGCAAUCAAGCACAAUGGAACAAAGAUGUGCCAUGGAACUGAUCACUUUGUAGAUGUGAUGCUCCUAUGUGGUUGUGGGUUGUGGGUGAGUAAAACGAUAGAUCCACAUGUUAAAUGAGGAUAGCCAUAGACCUUACCUGACACCCUCUACUCCCCUGUUUUACUUGCACUACAGCAACAUUUGCUUGAUAGAACACACACAUAGCUUUGUAAAGAUGCGAUGCACAACUGCUUAAUGCUGUAGAAAAGCAUUAAAUUGGCAUAACAGUUUGUAUUUAUUAAAAAAAUGACAAUAAAAACUUGUAACUUACCUUG